AUGCAUUUUCUUGCCUGGACUCUUCUUUUCGUGGCGCUUACCGGAAGCAGCGGCACGUACAUCAUGCCUCCACCCCCGACUCCUCCACCGCAUAAUGGGUGUACGGUCGAGGGACAUUACUACUCAUGCGGAACAUUUGAGGAUCCCCGUGACCGAUGUAGCGAAUGUCAGUGCUAUCCGGAGAACACAUUGAAGUGUGUUAAGAAGCCAUGCGGGGAACCACACUGCGGCUACGAGAUGCAGGAACCAACCCCUGACAAAUGUUGCAAGCGGUGUUUGCCCGAGUGUGCGUUAAUUGAUUGCCCAGUCUGCAACUGUCCGUUGGAGCAGAGAUAUUUCAGGCCGAAUUCUUGUUGCCCCGAAUGCAGACCAGAAGAUGAUUCAAGUGAAGAAGACCCCAAAACGCCAUAUGAUGACGUCAGAUGUAGGAAAGGCUCGAAGUACUACCGAUGCGGAACCUUUGAAGACCCUGAGGACAGAUGUAGUAUGUGUACGUGCUACAGAAAUGGCAAUGUUAAGUGUGAAAAGAAGCUUUGCGCCCCUCUGCCGUGCGGGUACAAGCGUCAAAUGCAGGUGCCAGGCGGCUGCUGUAAUAGAUGUGACUUCAACUGCGGCCGAUGUCCGCGGCUUUCGUGCCAUAAACAAAUAAUCCCAGCAGAUGCGUGUUGUCCCGUAUGCUUGUAUGACCCAGACAGUAGUAGUAGCGAUAGCGGAAGUAGCGACAGCAGCGGAAGUAGCAAUAGUGGGAGCAGCGGAAGUAGCGACACCAGUGGAAGCAGUGGAAGUAGCAGUGUUGGGAACAGCGGAAGUAGCGACAGCAACGGAAACAGCGGAAGUAGCAACGGUGGGAGUAGCGGAAGUAGCGACAGCAGCGGAAGUAACAAUGGUGGGAGCAGCGGAAGCAGCGACAGCAUCGGAAACAGUGGUAAUAGCAAUGGUGGGAACAGCGGAAGCAGCGAUGAUGGGAACAGCGGCAGUAGCGAUGGUAGGAACAGCGGAAGUAGCGACAGCAUCGGAAACAGCGAAAGUAGCAAUAGUGGGAACAGCGGAAGUAGCGAUGAUGGGGACAGCAGCAGUAGCGAUGAUGGAAACAGCGGAAGUAGCGACAGCAUCGGAAAAAGUGGAAGUAGCAAUGGCGGGAACAACGGAAGUAGCGACAGCAGCGGAAGUAGCAAUGGAGGGAAUAGCGGAAGUAGCGAUGAUGGGAACAGCAGUAGCAGUCACAGCGGUAGCAUUCCCGGCGGAAGCGGAAGCAGCAGCAGCAGUAGUGGUGAACCUGGCUGCGACAAAGAUGGACAACAUUAUGGAAUAGGUCCUUUUGACGUCCCCUGCUACACGUGUGAGUGCUUCGAAAACGGAGAAACAAAAUGUGAAAAGGUGCCAUGCGAGGAAGCCAGCUGUGGUGUGAAUAAACAGAAGAACAAUGAAUGCGGGUGUCCCGUCUGCGAUGAGUCAUGCAGCGAGAUACGUUGCCCGCCACUGAACUGCCCUAAGGAACGGAUGUACUAUGAGCCCGACUCGUGCUGUCAGACGUGCCAGUGUUUGUUCGACGGAAAUUGGAUUCCGGAAGGAACCAACUGCAUGAUUAACCCAGCUAAAGGUCUAGAAGAGGGGAACGUCCUCAACAUCGGAGAACACAAGGUUGUCCUUGGAAACAAAUUUUGUAUUUCCGUUUCCGGUGAUUAUUGGGCCCCGGCUUGCUACUGCGUCACAAUGAAUUGGACGGAGUUUAUCUUGAAGUUACACGGAGGAGAAUGCAUUAAGGAUCCAAAGUGGUAG